AUGGAGCUCUCUAGGCCGUUCACCUGCACAGAAUGCUCCCAAACUUUUACCCGAAACGAAAAUCUCGAACGGCACAAGCGCUCAAGGCACGGAAGCGACAGCCGCAGACCAUUUAAGUGCUAUACAUGUCGCGCGCGAUUCACUAGGAAAGACGUCUGUAAACGUCACUCUGAGAGAUGUCGCGGCGCCUUCGGACGCGUCCUGACGGUACCUGGUGCAGAGGGUGAGCCAGAGCAGACGGAGUCGGUCGUCGAUGAGACCGCACUAUCGUCAAACGGUCCAGACGUGGACGAUUCGCCUGAAGCGAAUGCUUCUGUGGACACAACCGUUGCUAUGAAUGAUGAGACAUAUCAUGAUAGCUCGCAAGAAACCGGUGAAGGGACCGUGUCUCAGGACAUACUUUCAUCAGAAUUUAUGAUGAAUCACUCAGAAAGUUUCAUUGCGGCUUAUUUCGAAAGCUUUCACCCGUCAUUUCCGCUGCUUCAUCGCCAGAGUGUAAGGAGAGACAUGCCUAAAUUGUCAAAACAGAUUCUUGUUGCCAUUGGUAUUCUGUAUUCAAGGCCGAGACAUUCCUCUGAAGAAGACGCAGACUUUGUGCUACGGCGAAGUCAAACUUUGUGGCAAGACGGCCAAGAAGAACUUUGGCGACUAGUGGAGACAGACUGGAGAGAAAUCCGAAGAACGUGGGUCAUGCAAGCCUGGCUUCUGCACAUCAUCUACGGCGCCUUCACAGGCAAUGCAACCCACUUUGAUAAAGCAAAAAAGAUGCUGCGUUGGGUGGUGGAUGCCGCCCGAGACUUGGGUCUUUUACGACAAAGCGUCUUCACAUCUACUACAAGAUUCCAUGACGGCGAAGAGCAAACGCUUCAUGACCACUGGAUGUCCUACGUGGAGUCUGAGUCUAUGAAGCUUUGCAUGUACACCAUACUUUUCCUAGACUCCCAUAUCUUCUCCCCCUGCAACAUACGCCCCCUGACCACACCAAUCGAGCUUGACUGGGAGCUCCCCCUCCCUGGUGCUCUGUGGGAAGCGGAUACUUCAUUGAGCUGGGCUCAGAGGCUCGGUGAUGAACCCCGUACCCUCUACUUGACUCGGUCAGGCGAUGCGUCCGGCAUCCCGUGCCCCACGACGAAAUCACUGAAUUUGGCCAUCCAAUCGCUCAUGACUGAUACCCCAAGUCCUCAAUUAUUAGCGGCACUAAAGGCUUCCACUAUGGCAGCUAUUUUCAUUCUUACUAGCUUGGAGAGUCUCGUCAGGGAGUUUACGAGGUGUUAUUAUCAAAUGCCGCCCGCCCUGGCCGAUCCAAAUGCUUUCCACAUUCUCACACAAUCACAAAACAGGCAGGUCAGCGCAGCGUUGCGAUACGCAGCUGAGAUCAUAACAGCGCAGCUCGCACAGGCAAACAGCUCCAACUGGCACAUCUUGAAGUUUGCAGAUCGGAUAGCUCUGUCUGUGAAACUCGCUCUCUGCAAGCCAGAUGACCUAUUAAUUGGUGGCAUCGUUGAGAACAGUGUGGUAGCCGGCCUUACGACUGCCACACAUCUCACGUUAGGUCUUCAAGUCGGCGCUCGAAGAUCAUUACAAAACCUUCUCCGCUACAAUUCCGGGGACGACGGCAUGCUGGUUUUCCUUGACGACCUCAUGGAUGUUCUCUCCAGCGUCACGAACCUCGAUAAGCAAGACCCCUUGCGUGAGGUACCAUGGGCUACGGUGGCCACGUACAGAAUCCUCCUAGCCAUCUGGAGAUUACUGCGCUGGGCAACCGGAGAGAUGCGCCGAAAAGCAGGGUCUCAAACGACAGUUCGCAGCCGCUUCGAGGCCUCAACAAUAGUCUUCAACUCUAUCCUGGAAGUGAUUAGUUCUCCGGAGGAACUCGAAUCGCAGACCCGACGCCUCUCGAGGCCGGCUCGGGAGACUACCGCAUUGGGAAUGACCUCGGACGACAGCGAGGCACGCUUCAUGGAGACGGUGUUGCAGUUCUGGAAGGAUAGGCCGGUGUGGUCCAUGGGAUCCUUCAUGACGACGGUGUUGGAGGAGAUUAUCUCGGCUGGCGGCAUGGCUUACGAGUUAAGGGGCGCGGAGUGA